UAUGUUCAACUCUGGAAUUUCUGAAAGAACAGUACUCAAAGAUGGUAUUUUGUCUGAUGAUAAUGAAGCCUUGGUUCAGGAAUUGGAGUCCUUAAAGUACUUGCAUGAUUUAGGAGUCAGUGUAACAAGUGCCCCUGCUUUCAAAAGGCUUCUAAGCUCUGACAACCUAAGAAGCUGCAUUUCCCGUCUAUGCCUCAAGAAUUUCAAUGGUUCAAGCUCUCUCAAUUUAACAUCUCUCAGCAAUGUAAAGCGUCUCCGUACCCUCUGUAUCUCAAACUGUGGCUCGUUGGAAGAUUUGGAGAUUGAUUGGGCUUGGGAAGGAAAGGAAACAACAGAAUCUAAUUACCUUAACUCAAAGGUCAGUUCCCACAACAGUUUCCACAGCCUUUCGCAGCUAAGUGUCGUAAGGUGUUCGAGGUUGAAGGAUCUAACGUGGCUUGUUUUUGCUACUAACCUUAAAGUGCUUACAAUAAUUGAUUGUGAUCAAAUGCAAGAAGUAAUAGGUACCGGUAAAUGUGGUGAAUCUGCAGAGAAUGGAGAAAACCUGAGUCCAUCUGUCAAACUCCAAGUACUUAGCUUAGUUGAUCUACCACAAUUGAAGAGCAUAUUUUGGAAAGCCCUGCCAUUUAUCUACUUAAAUACAGUCUAUGUAGAUAGUUGUCCACUUCUAAAGAAGCUGCCACUCAACGCCAACAGUGCCAAGGGAGAUCAAAUUGUCAUUUCCGGACAAACCGAGUGGUGGAAUGAAGUAGAGUGGGAGGAUGAGGCAACUCACAACGCUUUUCUUCCAUGUUUCGUACCUAUUGAAGAAUAAGGGCCUGCAGCAAUCUCAGAGAGGCUACGAUGCGAUUCUCGAAUAUAACCUCAUAUGCCAUAAAUGCUUCCGCAAUCUUCACUCAAUGAGAAUCCAUUAUUGUCCAAGGUUGAAGGAUAUGGAUAGUUUAUUUUCAUGCCAACUUUUCAGUAUGACGUUGAUGACAUUGUAGGCUGUCAAAAUGGAACAUAUAAUUGCUUAUCUAUGUGAGGUAAACUGUUGGUUUAUGUAUGUUGUUUCAUAGUGUUUGUGUGCAUAUGUUGUUUCUCUUUGAAUUGCAAUAUUACAUUUUUUGUAUUAUAGGGAUUGUGAGAUGCAUUU